AUGGUUGUUGAGGUGCCCCUGAUCUCCGCGCCGGACCUGGGCAUGAGCUCGGGGAAGGUUGACGAUUCUCAUCGAAAGAAGCAGCAGGGCGGGGUAGAGCUGGUGGCUGGCCAGGAAGCCGUUGGGAGGCCGGCGACUGUUCGGGACGUCGCUGCUGCGGUCUGGGAGGACGGCAAGAUAACGGCCUUUGAAAGGGACUCAGGACGACACCGCUUUCGAAGUAACAGCGACGGGCAGGAGCGGUGGUUGUGCCUGGGAAGGAGCAUCUUCCGUUGGCUGGCGCCACACCCCGCUGGCGCCCCGCCAAACCCUACCUUCAAGGACUUCCCGGGGCAGGAGGCGGCGAUCGGCUGGAAGGUGAAGGUGUACUGGAGUGAGAUGGGGCGCUGGUACGUGGGAUACGUGAAGAGCUUUGACCAGAAGACCGGCCGGCAUAUUGUCAGGUUUUGUGACGGGGACGUGAGAGAUUACAGUCUUCGAGAGGAGGCCGUCCUGUGGGUGGAGAAGCCCGCAUCGGGCAGGGAGUCGAGGAAACGGCCGCGCAAAGAUUCCGGACUGGACUCUUCGGGUAGGUCGCCCACGGCGCGUGGCAAGAGGAACAAGGACCUGCUGGGAGUGGGGCCAAGAUCGGGAGCGACGGCCAACGGGGCGGAGAGCGCCAGCAGAGAGGAGGAGGUCUCCAGCGGGGUGAUGGACCCCAGGCUGGCACAAUCCGGCGGCGGAGCGGACGACGCGGAGGGGGGCGCGGGAAGUGAGCGCGCAGGCUGCGAAGGCGACAACUGCCCUGCGGCAGGGGACAAGCGGGCUCCUGUGGUUGAUUCGUGCAAGACCAGCACGGCAGAAGUGCAGACGAAUGACCAUGACAAGCAGCAGCCCUCUCAGCCGUCUGCAGCGACAUCCAAGAGAUCUGGUGGGAAGACUCCAGGCACCUCUUCUGACAACACAAAGGGGGCAGAAAAUGGCGCCAGAAAAUUGGAAAACAACCAUGAAGUGGUGUUUCGGAGGCUGCGACAGCGCAAGAGCCCAAACAAGCCAUCAGGUGCUGCAACAAGCCAAGUUCCAGCCAAUCCCCAUUUAAACAUUCUCCGGACACGUGUGGCCAUCUGGUGGGAGGAAGACAUGAGGCACUACAGGGGUCAGGUCACUUCCUACCGGGAAGAGACAGGAGAAUACCUCAUUGCUUAUGAUGAUGGCGAGAGUGAAGAGGUCCUGUUGACCAAGGAGCGCUUCCGCUGGAUCGGCCCCAGAGGCAAAUCUGUGGGCUACAACUCAAGCAUGAGGGACAUCAUGCUUGAGCUAGGGGCUGAGGGCCUAUCUGCAGAGCCUAAUGCGAAUCCGUCACCGCCAGAGAGUGUUGUGAAUGAAGGUCGACCAACCACGCCAGGAGAGAUGAUUGGGCGGCGUGCUUUUGUAUUUUGGGCUGGUGAUGGCCAGUACCACGAGGCAGAGGUGCUGGCCUAUGACAAGAGGCGUAAGGUGCACCUGGUGUGGUACCAUGAUGGUGAGCAAGAGUGGCUGGACAUGGGGAGUGAGAGUGUCGUGUGGGGAGACACUGCAAGAGGCUGCACGUUCGCGGCAGGUCUUGAGGCUGGUGAGGAGCCGCCUCGUGGACGGGCAGCUGUGGGCUGGCGGGUGGGUGUGUUCUGGAAAGAGGACGGUCGGUUCUACGAGGGCACAGUGACCAACUACAACACCGGGACAGGCAGGCACGACGUCAACUACGACGAUGGCGAGGUAGAGAACCUGUCCCUGUCAUCUGAGAAGGUCAUCUGGAAACUGCCGGCUGGCGUAGGCGGCAAGGGUGGCAAAAAAGGUGGAAAAUCGGACAGGAGAACCGUGGCGGCGAAGAAAGGCGCCCAGCAGGCCGGCGCGAAAAAGGCAUCCGCAACGCCGGAGAAUACGGCGCAGGAUGAUGCUCGAGGUGAGCAGGUCACACCGCCCCAGCAGGCGCUUGCCCCUUCAAAAGCCAAGGCGAAGUCAACGGGGAAAGGGAAGUCGAAGACUGGAAAGCUCGCUGCAACCAAGCGCAUGGUGGGCCCAAAAGGCCAGAUGGCACAGAAGAGGCAGCGGGCAUCAGCACAAGAUGGCUCUGGUGAGCGGCGCAUGGAUCAGAAGGACCCUUCAGCUGGGACCCUGCCUACCAGGGUGCCGAAGCAUCCAUUAGAUCGUGGCAGCACUCCAGGCUCGUUGGCAGAGGACAUGGCCAAGGAUGGCAAUGAUCAGAAUUUGCAGGGUUGCAACUAUGCUGCAGAGCACACAGCCAAGAUCGGAAGCGGAGAGCACCCUGCAGUGGGCAAGUUGCCUACUGGCAGCGACAGUCUUGAUCUCAGGGACCGGAAGGCUCUGCGAUGCAGUAUUGCAGCGCCUGUGGGAAAUGUGGAGACUGGUGAGAGGGUGUUGUCUGAUGCUUGGGACCCCAUCGAGGUGUCAUCUCCCCUGAAAGUGGAGAGUGCCAAUCAGGUGCAUAACUUCUCUGUCUCAGGCUGGGAGAAAAACAACCAGAGAAAGGGGCCCAGUGCGAACGUCCAGCCUGUGCAGGACCCAUUGAGCAGAGACGGCACUGAUACUGGCUCUGAGCAGUUUGGGGACAGUAGGGGCCCUUGGACUGACGAGGCUCGUGAUGGAUCGGCACCCCCGUCACCUGGAACUCAGGCUGCACAGCACAAGGCUGCCCGCUUAGAGUCUAUGGAUGUGGAUGAGAACCAAACACACCAAAGCAUGGAGGACGAGAUACCUACAGGGCCUGACUUGAGCCUAUUCAAGGAUGGUGGGCUGCCCAAUGUGGACGCCACAAGGGUUGUGCGGCUGCCUGAAGAAUUUGGUAGCCUGCAAGUCAGAUUCCGCAUAACUGCUGGCAGUCAUGGAGGUGCACCUUCUUCUGAACCGAAACCAGCUGGCAGGAACAAGAUUCCAAGCAUUCCCUACCAGGUGGAAGAUGGGUAUGGAAACCAAACUGGAAAUCCAAAGGCCCAACUGCAGCGCCGUCUGGCCAUGGCAGGGCAGUUCCUGUCAACGCUGGAAAAGUUUGAAAAUGCACAUAUGACACUGGGCAGGCUUCCAUCUGCUUGCGACUUGCAUGCUCUGGAGGUGGCUGUGGCGCAGGGCAAAAGGCGCCGGCGCAGAAACGCGAGGCCUGCAAGAGGGCCUUCUGUAUCGGGUGGACUUGUGGAGGCUUCUGGCCCCAAGAGCAGUGAUUUCAGCCAGGUUUCAUUCCUGAGAAGGCACUUGUCCUCAUCGUCGUCGGGCAGCUUGAAGCAAAAGGCCACCCCGCACAGCAGUGCGCCCCAGGAGCAGCAGCCCAUGUCUGGAGAUCAGGAGGCUCUGCAACAGGAGCGCAAGACCAUUGGUAUAAAGGAACCAAAGGAUGAGCACAAGAUGUUGAGCGCAGCAGAACCUGGUAGCAAUCGCAAGGCUGUGGGUAUCAAAGAGCCAAGGGAGGAGCUUAAGUCGUUGAAUGUCAAGGAGCCAGGGAAUGGGUGCAAGGUGGUGAGUGAUAAGGGGCCAAGGGAAGAACACAGAGUAUUGGUUGUGAAAGAGCCAAGGAGGUCAGCUGUGGGUGGGAGGGGAGGUACUAGGGAUAGUGGUGUGCGCCCUGUGCAUGUCCAUGAUGCAAGGAGCACCCUGCCAGGCCGGUUGUACACUGGUGCAGCACAGACGUCGUCUUGCUUGGUGCUCCAGAUGCCCCCCACGAGUGGAGCCCAGAUUGGGGUGUCCAGCGUGCCUGCAAUAGCCCCUGCGUACUACCUGACAGAAUACUCAGUUGAGGACCCAGUUGCUGGUGCUGAGCCUGACAGCGACGCCGUAAAGCCUGUUUCGUCAUCAGACACUAUGCGGGUAACGCCAUCGGAUGCAAGGGAGCAAAGCAAAGAUGACUGUGAGGCACAGAGGGCCACAGCAGACACAGUUGUAGAUGCAACGCCCCUUGGUGAACUGCGUACUGGGAGUGAGCGGUGCAUCCAGCAGCGUGUUGAUGUGGUGACCCAGCCGAUGGCGGUGCUGCAAGCUGAUAAGCUAUGCGACCCAAGCACAGGGGCCCCUGAUGAGAACCGUGUGAGCCAUCCAGACAAGACUGAAAGGUGCGCAGAUUUGCCGGAAGCUGCUGGGAUGCAGGCAUCUGAUGAUCUGGAGGAUCUGAUGAUCGGAGUGUCUGAUGGGAGGGACGCUGGCGACAAAGAUGGCCACUCGGAUGAGGAGCCUCACAGUGGUGUGAGGAGGGUUCUAGAGACGUGCCAGAGUCGAACGGACGUUGCUGCGGGGAACGAUUGA